AUGAAGGAUUGUGCCUGUGCCUCAGUGUGCGAGUGGGUGGCUCUAUUUGCUGUUCUUAUUAGUACCAGGAUUAAAGGCAUUAUCAGUGAUAUUAGCAGUGCUGGUGCUAAUGAGAAUUCUGUUGACAGGCUAAUUGUCAUCAGGAAUAAUAAAUAUGAGACUCCAGUGAGGAUACACUUGAAGAAUGUAUAUGCUACUCUCACCCUUGCUACCAUAGCAGCCUCUCUGCAGAGACUUUCUCUCCUUGGUAUCUUUGCCUUCUUGACUGGCUGUAACCUUGGCCCAUUUUUGAAUCUGGCUGUGACUAUCAACCCUGCAUUGGUUUUGCAAGCUCUGCUCGGCGCAAGUGUGAUAUUUGCUUGCUUCUCCCUAUCAGCUCUCUAUGCUCCUGAUGGUCAUUACCUCUAUCUUAGAGGUACACUGAUGUCGGUAUUGUUAACCCUCAUUUGGGUUUCGAUAUAUAAUAUCUUCUUUGGCUCUCAACUCCUUUUUAAGGCAAAUUUGUACAUUGGUCUAGCAGUCAUGUGUGGCUUUAUAGUCUAUGACACUCAGUUCAUUGUUGAGAGAGCACGCCGAGGAGAUAUGGACUAUGUGAUGCACAGUUUGAAUCUAUUCGUUGACUUUGUUGGAGUAUUUUGGCGCCUUCUCAUGAUCCUUACAAAUAAGACGUUCAACUAA